GUUGUGAACUCCUUAUUGUCUGACGCCCUUUCCACUGGCGACAACUAUUCCACAGUUGCAUGCCGAUGGCUUCGUAAGAACGAAGACAUUUGGCGCGCCUGGGUGCCAGAUCCAUCGCAAUGCUUUCCACAGUUUGGUUUGUUCGACUUGAGAUCCCAAAGCUUCGUCACCGACCGCAAGAACCUGGGCCCCGCGGACACCGUGGAGUGCCGCGCCUGCCCGGCAGGGCUCAAGUCGCAACGCUUCGCGGACAACAGCGGUGUAACGCAUAUUUGCCAAGUCUGUGAACCAGGCUCAUACCAAUCCACUUCAGCGGCAACGUCGUGCAUCCCUUGUCCUAGUGGUGAAUACGAAGAUCAGCCGGGGCAGCAACAGUGCCAUCGUUGCGAGGCUGGGAAAUAUCAAGACCAGUUGGGUCAAAGCGACUGCAAGGCCUGUCCCGUUGGCACCACCUCGUUGGGCCGCGGCGCCGCGGAAAUCGAAGACUGCGGCUGCCAUGCAGGCAGCAUCAAGAUGGUGGCAGGUAGCAACAACUGCACCAAAUGCAGUGAGGAAGGCAUGGCCUGUCCCUUUCAUUCGACGGUGGACGUUUUGAGAUCGCAGAUCUCGCCGCUGGGGGACGACUUCCAACCACGCGUCUUGGAAGGUUUCUACAGUGCUGAAGUGGCUGCGCGGAGCAUCUUCAAAUGUCGCAGUACGUCCCACUGCCCCGGUGGAGCCCCGGCGCAUUGCGCUGGCGGCCGUCGCGGCAUCCCGUGUUCGCUCUGUCCCAAGGGCCAGACGUGGCUGCAAGGCCGGUGCCAGGAUUGCCCGGUCUCUUUCCCGAUCCUUUGGUGUUUGAUGUUCGCAGUUGUUUUAGGCGGCUUGGUCCUGUUAUACCAUGCAACGAAGCAAUUUGUGAGUGCACGAGCCAACCUGGUGGAUGGCUUCGGCAUGGUAUGCCAAGUCUUCUGGGAGUUGGGUCAAACCAUGGCGGUCAUCAGUCAGAUGACCAUCGACUGGCCUGAAGAGGCACAGGACAUCUUGGCCUUUGCGAAGUUCUUGAUCUUCGACAUGGAUGACUUCGGCCUGAGAUGUUUACUACCUGGAUUUCGGACCGCCUCCUGUUAUGCGUUUAUCGCGAUGUGUUUCCCAGUGGUGUGUCUUUGGCUGCUUCUGGUUUGGCGUGUCUCGCAAUUCUGGAAGGAAGAAUGGCGGUGGAAAUUUUCUCGCACAGCAUCGCUGAUGGGUCAGGUGUUGAUGACGGAAUUCAGCACCAUCAGUAACUUGGCCUUGGUGCCCUUCAUGUGCUACAGUCAUCCCAAUGGAAUGCACAGCCUGCUGAAGCAUCCGGAUGUCAUCUGCGGACAAGAGCAGCACACCUUCAUGCUGGUCAUAGGUAUCAUGCUGCUGGUGGUGGGAGUCCUGUUCUUCCUGGUGGGCUGCGCCUAUGCCACCAUCAUGCUACCAGCAUGGACUGCACAGCGGAGGAUUUGGAAAGUUCAAAUGUUUCAAUUCUUGAUCAACCGCUUUCGCCAUGACAGUUGGUGGUAUGAAGUGCCCCUGCUGACGCGAGGCCGGAGAUAUGCUGAAUGUGAUCCCUUCUUGGGAUGA